AUGUGGCUUUACUCGGGCGCAUCCAAACGCUCCGCUAACUCCAAAUCCUCGUCAUCGCGUCACCGUGCGCAGGCUUCCUCGUCGACUCUCACUCCCACUCCCAUCGCUCGACGAACGUCCCCUAGUUCCGCCCUCGCCGAAGUUCUCAGAAAGAACCCCUUCCGAGCAGGCUCGAAGGAGUCCCUUCCCGCCGCAGACAAACAUGAAGAUGAAGAUCCCUCGGUGGCCUUGAACAAGGACCUGCUCGUCCUCGCCGAUUUCUUCCCGGAUGUCAAGGUUGAAGUCCUCCGUGAACUCCUUGGCCGGUUCGAUGGCGACAGUAGACUUCCGAUAGCCACGGAGCAACUCUACAAAUACAAAACAGAAUGGGCUAAGGGCCGAUUGAAUGUCCCGCCGAGAAGUCUGGACGAGCCACUCCCCCCAGACGAACUUUUCAGGACGAAAGAAUACAAAGAUGCGGUUCGGCGGACGGUCGGUCGCGAAUUCAGUGCACUGGGCAGGAGUGCCAUUGACGCUGUCCUUGCCGAAGUCAACUUCUCGUACACUGCUGCGAGGCCGACACUCCAAGAAUUGACGAGCAAGUCGUGGAAAGCGACGUUUGCAAACCUCCUCAAGAAGAAGAGAUCUCAGACCGAACCUCCGUCGGUCCUCUUGGAAAGGACAAAGGCGGAUCCAGGAGGGCCACGAUUGAUCACAACCGGGUCCUGUGAGCUUGACCGGGAGCUAUCAGGACUGUUCUCCUUCCCCGUGCAGUCGUCUCGAAGACCGAGAGACCAACAAGCUUCCGACCUGGAGCUCGCCCAAGCCCUCAAUCUAAAGGAAGCCGAAGAGGCGGGUGCUCUCUUUGAAUGCCAGGUCUGUUAUAACGAUGUGGCAUUUGAAGACGCCUCAUUCUGCACACACGCGAACCACGUCAUUUGUCUGGAGUGUGUGCGCCAUACUCUCCAUGAGACCCUUUUCGGACAAGGGUGGGCAAAAUCCGUCGACGUCGAGCACGGUACCUUGAAAUGUUUGGCUGCAGAUGAUUGUGACGGACACGUCCCUCAGGAUCUUCUCAAACGCGCCCUCCGCCGCUCCGACAAUAAGUCCAGCGGCGAAACCUGGAGAAAAUUCGAAGACCGCCUCGCCGAGCAUAGCCUGCAACACUCCGCUCUUCCUCUCGUCCGCUGCCCAUUCUGCUCUUACGCCGAAGUCGAACAAAUCUACGAUCCGGAGACUGUCACAUCUGCCAUAACGUGGCGAGUUCGCAAACCCACCACCGGCAUUCACACCAUUCUAUUCAUCCUCCUUCUUGAACUCCUCCCAACCACCAUUAUCUUCCUUUUGCCUUUCUUUCUCAUCUUCCCCCAUUACUUCGUCACACUCUUCUACACAUCGCUAGCACACCUCGCCGUGAAAACUCGCACUACGCGCUUCCAAUGUCGCAAUCCUUCUUGCAUGCGGAGGUCGUGCCUGAAAUGCCAAAAGGCGUGGCACGAUCCGCACGUCUGCCACGAACCAUUAAUACUUUCGCUCCGCACGACCGUCGAAGCCGCCCGCACUGCAGCAAUCAAGAGGACGUGUCCACGGUGUGGAACGUCGUUUGUGAAAUCAUCCGGCUGCAACAAACUCACCUGCGUCUGCGGGUAUAGCAUGUGCUAUCUCUGCCGCAAAAAUAUUGGCAAAGCCGGCUCCAACAUUGAAGGAGGGGAAGGCUAUCGACACUUUUGCGAACACUUUCGCCCUGUGCCCGGCCAGAAGUGUCAAGAGUGUGACAAAUGCGACUUGUACCGCGCAGAAGACGAAGAUUUCAUGGUCAGGAGGGCCGGCGAAGAGGCUGAGCGAUUGUGGAGAGAGAGGGAAGGUAUGGUCGGCGUCAAGGGUUUGGAGGACGCCGUGGGCAACGUGGCUGGGGAAGAUACCGUUUGGAAGAGGUUCAGGGAGGGGAGGUGGACGAUCCAGGGCCUGAUUGAUUGGAUUGUGGAGAGGGGAGUUGUUGUCGAGGUUGAAUAA